ACAAGGUAAAUCAGUUAAGAACAAAUUCUUAUUUAUGAUGACAGCCUACCUGGAAACAGUGGGUUAACUGCCUUGUUCAGGGGCAGAAUGACAGAUUUUUACCUUGUCAGCUCAGGGAUUCGAUCCAGCCACCUUUUCGGUUACUAGCCCAAUGAUCGAGCCACUAGGCUACCUGCUGCCCCACUAGGCUAAAGCUGCCACUUUCAAGGAGCAGGACACUAAAUCCGGACUCUUAUAAGAAAUCCUGCUAUGCCCUCAGGCAAAGCGUCAAUACAGGAUUAAGAUUGAAUCCUACUACACAGCCUCUGACGCUUGUCGGAUGUUGCAAGGCUUGAAAACUAUUACUGACUACAAAGGGAAUCCCAGCCGUGAGCCUACCAGAUAAGCUAAAUGCCUUUUUAUGCUCACUUCGAGGCAAGCAACACAGAAGCAUGCACAAGAGCACCAACUGUUCUGGAUGACUGUGUGAUUUACCCUCUCGGUAGCCGAUGUGAGCAAGACCUUUAAACAGGUCAACAUUCACAAAGCCAUGGGGCCAGACGGAUUACCAGGAGGUGUACUCAAGGCAUGCGCGGACCAACUGGCAAGUGUCCUCACUGACAUUUUCAACCGCUCCCUGACCGAGUCUGUAAUACCUAUAUGUUUCAAAUAGACCACCUUAGUCCCUGUGUCCAAGGAAGCGAAGGUAACCUGGCAAAUUAUUACUGCCCCGUAGCACUCACGUCGAUAGACAUGAAGUGCUUUGAAAGUCUGGUCAUGGUUCACAUCAAUAGUAUCAUCCCGGAUACCCUUGGCCCACUCCAAUUCACAUACCCAACAGAUCCACAAGAUGACGCAAUCUGUUGCCAGGACAACAGUGUGGUGCCAGGACAACAACCUCUCAAUGUGAGCAAGACAAAGGAGCUGAUCAUGGACUACAAGAAAAUGCGGGCCGAAAAGGCCCCCAUUUAACAUUGGCAGGGCUGUAGUGGAGUGGGUCGAGAGCUUCUCUACAUCACCAACGAACUAUCAUGGUCCAAACCAGGGGUGGGCAACUCAAGUCCUCGAGGGCCUGAUUGGUGUCACCCUUUUUUUCUCCAUCCCUAGCAAACACACCUGAUUAAUCAAAUUGAAUUCCAAACUGAAGAUCAUGAUUAGGUGAUUAUUGGAGUCAGGUGUGUUAGCCGGGGCUGAGACAAACUGUGACACCAAUCAAUCAAAUGUAUUUAUAUAGCCCUUCGUACAUCAGCUGAUAUCUCAAAGUGCUGUACAGAAACCCAGCCUAAAACCCCAAACGGCAAGCAAUGCAGGUGUAGAAGCACGGUGGCUAGGAAAAACUUAGAGAGGAACCAGGCUAUGAGGGGUGGCCAGUUCGCUUCUGGCUGUGCCGGGUGGAGAUUAUAACAGAACAUGGCCAAAAUGUUCAAAUAUUCAUAGAUGACCAGCAGGGUCAAAUAAUAAUCAGUGUUUGUUGAGGGUGCAACAGGUCAGCACCUCAGGAGUAAAUGUCAGUUGGCUUUUCAUAGCCGAGCAUUCAGAGUAUGCGCCACGACAACGCAGACAAAUUCCAAAUAGUUUCCAUAAUGUCCACAGAAACAUGUCAAAUGUUUUUAUAAUCAAUCCUCAGGUUGUUUUUAAAAUAUAUAAUCGAUAAUAUAUCAACCGCAAAUGUCUUUCACGGUAGGAGAGGGGAAAACAAUGGCUGUCCAAAUUCUGUUGCGCGAGCAAAACUCAUGUGACCACUUGACGCGAUGUUAUCGUUCUGGCUCAUUUUUCCAAAUAAAAGCCUGAAACUAUGUCUGAAGACUGACACCUUGAGGACACGAUAGGAAAAGGAAUCUGAUUCAUAUCCCUUUAAGUCCAGCAAAGGGAGGCUAUGGAACAUGGAGUUUUCAAAAUAGAUGCCACUUCCUGUUUUGAUUUUCCUCAGGGUUUCGCCUGCAAUGUCAGUUCUGUUAUACUCACAGACAAUAUUUUGACAGUUUUGGAAACUUUAGAGUUUUCUAUCCAAUACUAAUAAUAAUAUGCAUAUAUUAGCAACUGAGACUGAGGAGCUGGCCGUUUACAAUGGGCACCUUUUCAUCCAAGCUACUCAAUACUGAAUGAAGAAGUACAGCCAUCUUGAAUGAGGGUAACUUGAAGUGUACUGUUAGAUAAAGGCGCGUGUCCAGAAAGCAUGCUACAGUUUUUCCUCCAGUAUUGAACACAGAUCAUCCCGUCUUCAAUGUUAUUGAUUAAUUUACGUAUACAAAUACCUAAAGUUGUAUAACAAAAGUAGUUUACUUUUAAAAUAUUUUGUAGUCACUUUGUAGUCAUUUUGUAGUCACAUUGCGAAAGUUGGAACCAGUGUUUUUCUGGAUCAAAUGCGCCAAAUAAAUGGACAUUUUGGAUAUCGACGGAAUUAAUGGAACAAAAGGACCAUCUGUGAUGUUUAUAUGGGACAUUUUGGAGUGCCAACAAAAGAAGCUCGUCAAAAUGAUGGAAUGGGGCGACGACGUAAGGCCCCUUUCUGAAGAGGAAGCCAUGGUCAUCGUCAACCACCAAGCCACAGGGGACGUGUGCACCCUCAUGAUGUGCUUGCAGGACAAGGGCACGGUGGUGAGGAAGAUGAUGUGGUUAAUGGACCACGUGUUCAAGUACACCAACUUUGGCCUGGUGUCUCUCAUCCACGGGGACUUCUUCAUCAGACAGGGUAAAGCGUACCGGGACAAGCAGCUGAUCUACCUAAAGGACCACCUAGACCGGUACUAUCACAGCCGUGACAGAAAGUGGAUCGUGCUCUUCCCAGAAGGCGGCUUCUUGCGCAAGCGGCGGGAAACCAGCCAGGCAUUCGCCAAGAAGAACUCGCUUCCUCACCUGACGCAUGUGACGCUGCCGCGGCUGGGUGCCACUCAGGUGAUCCUGAAGACCCUGGGGCCGCAGCAGGAGAACGGCUGCCUGGGGACAGAGGCCAGCACAGUACACCAUAGCCAGUCAGGUAGUAAACCCAAAGGCCUGCAGUGGGUGGUGGACGUGACCAUAGCGUACUCCAAAGCCAGGCCCAUGGACAUCCAGACGUGGAUCUUUGGCUACAGACCUCCCACAGUCACGCACGUACACUACAGGGUGUACCCCAUAAAGGAGGUUCCGGUGGAGACCAAACCCCUGACAGACUGGCUGUAUCAGAGGUUUGUGGAAAAGGAGGAUCUACUGGCCCAUUUCUACGAAACAGGAGCCUUCCCUCCGCCGAAAGGCCAGAAGGAGGCUGUCUCCCGGGCGAUGACCCUCGACCCUGUGCAGCUCUGCGUCAUCCAAUUCCUGGCCUUCGCCUCGGGCUACCUGUGGUACAGCGUCCUGCAGUACUUCUACUGCCGUUUGUUCUGAGUGCACUGAGGAGGAUGGCAGUUUUAAGGAGGUUCUUUAAAGUGAACCAGAUCCUGUUGGCACUGUUCCUGGAUCAGCCGAUAGCGCACCCACCCCAGUACCAUCCUUCCUCCCUACGAUGGAUUGAAUGUACAUUUUGCAAAAAGCAGGAGGGACUGGAAACAAAAAAAGAUUAUGUUGGAGUCUUUUUUCCCCUCCUGGAUACAUGAAUACCUACACGGACGGACGGACGGACGGAUGGACAAACACACACAUGAUUGACUGAAGCCCCUAAUUUUGAACAUGAAUCAUGUUUACACACUAACUUAUUGGAUACACACCUGCGCCAAUCUAGGUGAUGGUCUCUCAUUUCUCUCACACACUUUUUCUGUUUACACACGUCCUCGUACACUUCAACUGAACUCACCCACACGCCCAGACCCACACGCCCAGUUUUACUCUCAGAUCAAGAAUGAGGCUCAGGACUACAACUGAAAUUGUUCUCAAGUGGACUCUCUCCCUGGUCUUUAGGUGUAGUUUUACAGUGUGUGUUUGUGCAUUUGUGCCCCCCCCCUCUUUUUG